UUCCUCUUCUUCCCCCACACACAAGUACUAGGUCCUGUCGUCGAGCAAGCUGCGGCGAAGAAAGGCUCUAAGAAGUUUCAUUGCACCUUCGUCCCAAUAAUCCUCUUUAUCUUUAACAACAUUUUCGAAAAGAAUCAAUCCGUCCCUAGCUAUAUACGGUCUCCAGCUACAUACUUUAUCAUCAUCAUCCAAUCCAACUCCGACGAUUCCUGCCGUGCCGUCUGUUCGCACGUCGUCCGGCCGGUUUUCGUCGUCGCGCGGCGUCUCGAUCGCAGCAGCAAGGUUCUUUCAGCUCGUCGCAUGUUACUGCGACCCGCCAGCAGGCUGCCAUCCGUCGUCGUCUGCGGCGCAUGGGCGGCGUGCUCGGCGCGUUGCUCCACCGGCGGUCUGGCGGAAGACCGCCGGCGCAGGGCACGAGGAACCGGCACCUGGGACUCACCCGGCAGCCUUCCACCUACGACGCCACCGCCGCCGCAGCCGGCGGUCACCGGAAGGCCAUGCUGUCCAAGAAGUACUCCUACAUACCGGACACCUACACGUCGCUUGAUCAGGUGGCGGCGGCGCUGCGUGAGCAGGGUCUGGAGUCGUCGAACCUGAUCCUAGGCAUCGAUUUCACCAAGAGCAACGAGUGGACAGGGAAGCAGUCGUUCGGCGGGCAGAGCCUGCACAGGAUCAGCGACGACGCGCCCAACCCAUACGAGCAGGCGAUCAGCAUCAUCGGCAAGACGCUGGCUCCCUUCGACGAGGACAACCUCAUCCCGUGCUUCGGCUUCGGCGACGCCACCACGCACGACAACAACGUCUUCAGCUUCCACCGGGACAACACCCCCUGCCAUGGCUUCGAGGAGGUCCUGGCCUGCUACCGCACCGUCGUGCCGCACCUCAGGCUUUCCGGCCCGACGUCGUUCGCGCCCAUCGUGGAGGCCGCCGUCGACAUUGUGGACAGGAGCGGUGGCCAGUACCAUGUCCUCGUCAUCGUCGCCGACGGCCAGGUCACCAGGAGUGUCGACACCGGUGACGGCGACCUCAGCCCGCAGGAGAAGAGGACGGUGGACUCCAUUGUCAUGGCGAGCUCCUACCCGCUGUCCAUCGUGCUGGUUGGCGUCGGCGAUGGACCCUGGGACGACAUGCGCAGGUUCGACGACAAGCUCCCCGCGCGCGACUUCGACAACUUCCAGUUCGUGAACUUCACCUCCAUCAUGUCUCGGGCCGCGACGGCGCAGCAGAAGGAGUCGGCGUUCGCGCUCGCCGCGCUCAUGGAGGUCCCCAUCCAGUACAAGGCCACCAUGGAGCUCGGCAUCCUGGGGCGAUCCACGGGGAACGCCAAGAGAGUGUCCCCUGCGCCGCCGCCUCUGCCGAACGCGCAGAGGCAGUCGUCGCUGAGGAGGGGAGCCAGCAAUGUCGGCGCCGCCGCAGCGCCAAGAGAUGAUCAGGUGUGCCCAAUCUGCCUGACCAAUGCCAAGGAUCUAGCAUUCGGCUGUGGCCAUAUGACGUGCAGGGAGUGUGGGGAGAGCCUCACCAGAUGCCCGAUUUGUCGACAGCCGAUACGAUCAAAGCUGAGGCUAUAUUCAGGAUGAAAUGAUUAUGCUAAAACAGAGGCCAUGUGGGGGAGAAAAAAAAAAGAACAUAGUUUACUCGCCGUCAAAAUGUACAGAAUCUGUCAAACGAACGUGUAACAAUGAACGAGUCAGGGUCAAGUCCUCUUCGUCUCGAAUUUGCAUGAAUCGACGUUUCGUUUGUGAUGACAAAAGGUUUUAGUUCUCGACUGA